AUGAAACUCUUAUUUUAUGUCGGAAUAAUUCUUUUGUUAUAUAUUGCAUACUAUUAUUAUGCCUAUUUUACUCGUCCGAAUCCUCUCCCUGGACCAUUUCCAUUACCAUUUAUUGGUACACUCCUUCAAAUCGGAUUAGAACCACGUAAAUGGGAAGAAAAGAAUUUAAACUCAAAGAGUUUAUCUAAAGAAUCAAAGUUUUCUAAACGUGGCAUGGCCGCUUUUGAUGAGGUUGGAAUAGCAAAUGGAAUAGUAUUUAAUAAUAAUUUUCAUAAGUGGAAACGAAGCCGACAAUUUGUCACUAAA